GGGUCAGGUUCGGAUCCGUUUACUAAACCCUAAAUGUAUCCGUUACAGUAGCCUUCGUCUAUAAAACCUAAUUCAUCGCUCUCACAAAUCCACCAGAUUCACAAUCACAACUUUCAACUUUGAAUCCCCAACUUCACUCCUACAACAGCACGUAAUUGUUUGCAUUAGUUCAAAGAUUCAAUAUAAUUUCUAUUGGUGAAAGAUGCAUCUUUUUGGAGAUCUGUUUGUGUAUAUGAGAAAUGGGCCCUAAAGAGGAAACAAAGAGGAAACGGUAUUUGAUCUUAAUUAGGCGACUAUGGAGGAUGAAGAGAGUGACUCACCUAUCCGUUUCCAGCGCAAAAGGGCGGUCUCCUCGACAGUAAACGCUUCGAAAUUAUCCACAAAAUCUAGCGCUUCUCACAAAACAGUAAAAACAGGUGACCAGAAGAUGGGAACGGAUGGUAACUUGCUUGUUGAAAAGGAAGAAGGUGAAUGGUCUGACGAUGAGGGCUUGAAUGAUGUUGGCAUGUCUUCCGAUGUUAAUAGUUGUUUGAAGGGUGACAAUAGUAACGGUAAUCCAAAACGCAGAUUAAUAAAAGGAAACGAAGCAACACAUGCUUUGAAACUUGCAACUCACCCUGGAAAACGGCCUAAAGUUGAGCAACAAAAGGAUACGUUAGGUAAAAAACAUAAUAGGCAAACCGUGUUUCUUAAUUUAGAAGAUGUGAAGCAAGCAGGACCUGCUAAAAUCUCGACUCCAAGAAAGCCAAACUUUUUACCUCCCACCACACGUAUCACGAAAGAAUCACGAUCUUUUCUUGAUUCUUCUGAGGGCAGUGGAGAAAAGGUGUUUGACCAGUCAAACAUAAAGGAUACAAAACAGGUUGACCAGUCAAACGAUGAAGGAAAUAGUUAUGUCGAGCCUAGUGGUAUCAAAUCUGAAUGUAGUGACAGUGAUAUGAAUUCAGGAUCUGUAACUCGUUCUAAAAGGACAAACAGUGGAAUAAAUCUUGUUGCGGAAGAUAAACUUUUUACAGAUCAUAAACCGAGUCCAUUGAAGCAGUCAACCGAUUCAAGACAGAUGAAAAGUCCACAUGUUAAUACAAAAAGGGUGCCUUUAGCUGGCCAAAAUCAAUUCGAUUCAAAAACAGGAGUUAAAAAGCUUCCUUCAAGAAAACCAACCACUAUUAGCACUCAGCAUCAAGAUUCAUCAGUAGAACGACUUCUGCGUGAGGUGACAAAAGAAAAGUAUUGGCAGCAUCCGGGAAAUUCAGAGGUGUCAGAACUUCAAUGUGUUCCAGGGAGCUUUGAAUCAGUAGAAGAAUAUGUUCGGGUUUUUGAGCCUUUGCUUUUUGAAGAAUGCCGGGCCCAACUCUACAGUACAUGGGAGGAAUUAACCGAAACGGUUUCUAGAGACUUGCACACAAUGGUUCGAAUAAAAAAUAUUGAGAGGCGAGAACGAGGAUGGUAUGAUGUGAUACUUCUAGCUACAAAUGAAUGCAGAUGGAAUUUCAAGGAGGGUGAUGUUGCAGUUCUUUCAGCCGCUAGACCUGGAACAGUUAAAUCUAAGAGAACAGUUACAGAGGAAACAACUGAGGUUAGUGGACGUGUAGCUGGUACUGUUAGGCGUCACAUACCAAUAGAUACCCGUGAUCCAAUAUUGGCUCUUCUUCAUUUUUAUGUCGGGGAUUCUUACGAUUCUAGCAGCAAGGUUGAUGAUGACUGCAUUAUAAAUAAACUACAGCGUAAUGGAGUCUGGUAUUUAACCAUUCUUGGGGCACUUGCUACAACCCAAAGAGAGUAUAUUGCUUUGCAUGCAUUUCGUAGACUCAAUUCACAGAUGCAAAAUGCAAUUCUACAACCUAGCCCAGAUCAGUUCCCGAAAUACGAAGAACAAUCACCCACAUCGCCUGAAUGUUUCACAACAAAUUUUGUGGAUCAUCUUCACAGAAGCUUCAACGGCCCGCAGUUAUCAGCAAUCCACUGGGCCGCAAUGCAUACAGCUGCGGGUACAAAUAGUAAUUUAACAAAAAAACAAGAUCCAUGGCCCUUUACGUUAGUCCAAGGCCCACCGGGAACCGGAAAAACCCAUACCGUAUGGGGAAUGUUAAACGUUAUUCAUCUUGUUCAAUACCAACAUUAUUAUACUGCAUUACUUAAAAAGCUCGCACCCGAAAGUUACAAACAAGAAACUGAAUCCCUGUCUUCCGAAACCGCCUCAAACGGGUCGAUUGACGAGGUUCUUCAAAACAUGCACAAGAGCCUCUUUCGACCACUUCUUAAACUCUGCCCGAAACCACGGAUGCUCGUUUGUGCACCGUCGAACGCUGCAACGGAUGAGCUCUUGACCCGUGUUCUUGACCGUGGGUUCAUUGACGGUGAGAUGAAAGUUUACCGGCCCGAUGUGGCUCGAGUUGGGGUCGAUUCGCAAACUCGGGCCGCGCAAGCAGUGUCGGUCGAACGUAGAACCGAGCAGCUUUUGGUUAAAAGCCGUGAAGAAGUGUACGGGUGGUUGCACCAGCUACAAGCUCGUGAUGCGCAGUUGUCUCAACAAAUAUCAUCCCUUCAAAGACAGCUGAACGUCGCAGCUUACACGGGUCGGGCCGAAGGGUCCAUGGGGGUCGAUCCGGAUGUUCUCAUGGCCCGUGACCAGAACCGUGACUCGUUGUUACAAAAUCUCGCAGCUGCUGUCGAGAACCGCGACAAAGUUUUAGUCGAACUGUCCCGUCUUUCAAUUUUACAUUGGAAAUUCACGGACAGUAUUAAAUUAGAGGAUGCUAGGGCUAGGCUCGAGGCGAGUUUCGCAAACGAGGCGGAAAUCGUUUUCACGACUGUAUCGAGCAGCGGUCGGAAGCUUUUCUCGCGGCUAACCCACGGGUUUGAUAUGGUGGUUAUAGACGAAGCGGCUCAAGCAAGUGAGGUCGGGGUGCUACCACCGCUAGCUCUUGGUGCAGCCCGGUGCGUUCUCGUUGGGGACCCACAACAACUACCUGCAACCGUUAUCAGUAAAGCCGCCGGGACUUUAUUAUACAGUAGAAGUCUUUUCGAAAGAUUUCAACAAGCGGGCUGCCCGACAAUAUUAUUAUCCGUACAAUACCGAAUGCACCCUCAGAUACGUGAUUUUCCUUCACGGUAUUUUUACCAAGGAAGACUUACUGACAGUGAAAGCGUUACCAAUUUACCUGACGAGUUUUACUACAAAGACCCGUUACUCAGACCGUAUAUCUUUUACGAUAUUACCCACGGGCGGGAAUCACAUCGUGGCGGGUCUGUUUCUUACCAGAAUGUACAUGAAGCACAGUUUUGUUUACGGUUAUACGAACAUUUACAGAAAACCGUAAAGAUUUUGGGUAUGCCGAAAGUGUCUGUGGGAAUAAUUACGCCGUAUAAGUUGCAAUUGAAAUGCAUACAACGUGAGUUUGAGGAAGUGUUGAAUAGUGAAGAAGGGAAGGAUCUGUAUAUAAAUACGGUUGAUGCUUUUCAAGGGCAAGAACGUGAUGUCAUCAUUAUGUCAUGCGUGCGUGCUUCCGGUCAUGGCGUGGGAUUCGUUGCCGAUAUUCGCCGAAUGAAUGUUGCUCUUACUCGUGCGAGAAGGGCACUUUGGGUGAUGGGAAACGCGAGUUCACUGGUUCAAUCGGAUGAUUGGGCGGCUCUAAUUGCCGAUGCAAAGGCUAGAAAAUCGUACAUGGAUAUGGACUCGCUUCCUAUUGACUUCUUCGCGGCACCGAAGGCGGCACAACUACCACCACCACCACCACCACCCUAUGGUCCGCCACCACCUCGGUUUUCUAACACGAGGGGUUUUACGAGGCCUGCGUUCAGACAAAGACUGUAUGACCCGAGGAGGGGUGCAUCGUUAGGAGAUGGAGAUAAAGCGGACGCAUCCUCAUCGUCACGCAACGGGGGUUAUCUACCCUUUAACAAACCGCCGUUAGGAGAUAGAGAUAAAGCAGACUUGUCUUCAACGUCAAGAAAUGGGGGUUAUCUCCCGUUUAACAAACCACCGUUGGAGGAUUUCGUUAAUGAUUUUGAUCGGUCUCGAUAUAUCUGGCAACAUGGCACUAAAAAAACAGAGGGUUCAAAUGGGGUUACCGGAAAGAGAGACCAGUGAUUUUGUUUUGGACAUCGUGGGAACCCCAACGGGAACUUUGAACGGACCCUGAACCAUCCUUAAACCCUGGACAUUUAAGGGUUCAGGGUCUAGCCUGGUUUUGGGGUUCAGGGUCAAGCUUCUGGGAGCCAGGGUCUUAGUCGGACCUUGAACCCUCAUUAACGGAAGAACAAGUGUAUAGGAUCACAACAGAAGGGUUCAAAAGUUGGCAGGUCAAAAGUUAUUUUGAUUGUAAGUUGGUGAACUGCAGUCCAUGAUAUGAAAAACAUAUCAUGGAUUAACAUUUAAUCUUGAUGGUGGUUGCAGUUUUGUACACACUACCAGAAAUAGAAAUGGAUUUGUAUACAAAGGAUGGUGCUGAUUAAGUGAAAAUGUAAUUGGUUGUGUGAAUCA